GAGUGGAGGAGAGACAUGUCUGGCCGAGGCAAAGGAGGCAAAGGUCUGGGGAAAGGCGGCGCUAAGCGUCACCGCAAAGUGCUCCGUGAUAACAUCCAGGGCAUCACCAAACCAGCCAUCCGCCGCCUGGCGCGGCGUGGCGGAGUCAAGCGCAUCUCCGGCCUGAUCUACGAGGAGACCCGCGGGGUGCUGAAGGUUUUCCUGGAGAAUGUGAUCAGGGAUGCGGUCACCUACACGGAGCACGCCAAGCGCAAGACCGUCACCGCCAUGGAUGUGGUGUACGCUCUGAAACGCCAGGGCCUGCACUCGCCAUUCACAGCUCGUCUUGUUUGCGGGAGUCAGAAGAUGGCGCGGACAAAGCAGACGGCGCGGAAAUCCACCGGCGGCAAAGCUCCCCGCAAACAGUUGGCCACCAAAGCUGCUCGUAAGAGCGCUCCGGCCACGGGGGGCGUGAAGAAGCCGCAUCGCUACCGUCCCGGCACCGUGGCUCUCCGGGAGAUCCGCCGCUACCAGAAAUCCACCGAGCUGCUGAUCCGCAAACUGCCCUUCCAGCGCCUGGUGCGGGAAAUCGCUCAGGAUUUCAAGACGGACCUGCGCUUCCAGAGCUCUGCCGUCAUGGCGCUUCAGGAGGCCAGCGAGGCUUACCUGGUGGGGCUGUUUGAGGACACCAACUUCGCCUUAAACUUAGACAUGUCUGGCCGAGGCAAAGGAGGCAAAGGUCUGGGGAAAGGCGGCGCUAAGCGUCACCGCAAAGUGCUCCGUGAUAACAUCCAGGGCAUCACCAAACCAGCCAUCCGCCGCCUGGCGCGGCGUGGCGGAGUCAAGCGCAUCUCCGGCCUGAUCUACGAGGAGACCCGCGGGGUGCUGAAGGUUUUCCUGGAGAAUGUGAUCAGGGAUGCGGUCACCUACACGGAGCACGCCAAGCGCAAGACCGUCACCGCCAUGGAUGUGGUGUACGCUCUGAAACGCCAGGGCCGCACUCUGUACGGAUUCGGCGGCUGAACAUCUCCUCAACGUCAAGACACAAAGAACAAAGGCUCUUAUAAGAGCCGCCCAAGUGCUCAUAUCAAAGGCUGUAACUUCCAAACGAAACUCGUCUGGCGUCAGGCGUUUGUCCUUCACUAUAUAUAAUGUGGUCGCUCCAGCGGGAGCCCGAAUAAGAUUGUCCACAGACAAACCACAGCUUAGUGUUUCUGUAUCCAACUUGUCAUGACUUCUGUUACUAUGAAUCUCACACGGACAGCCUCCAUGUUCCCGAAGGUUAUGUUGCUAAGGAACUGGAGAAUUGGAAACCUUGAGCCA